AUGGUCAAACAAAGACAGCAGUAUGCUUUAAUUUCCGGUUCAUCUUCAGGAAUUGGGUAUGCAUUAGCAAAAGAGUUUUCAAGAAAGGGUUAUAAGGUAAUUGGUGCUGCUCCACAAUCUGUAAUCCAUUUACAAAAACCAUUAGAAGAAGAAUUCGAAAUCAUUUCAAUUCCUUGUGAUAUUACCAAUCUUCUAGAUAUUGAUAAUUUAGCAUCAGUAGUUGAAAGAGAAACUGGUGGAUACUUAGACGUUCUUUAUAACAAUGCUGGAAUUGCGAUCGGCAAUGCCGCAAUUGACCAUACACCAGAACAAACGAAUUUGUUAUUUCAAGUUAAUGUAAUUGGUCAUAUUAAUGUUACAAGAGCAUUAGCACCAUUUGUUAUAAAUGCUAAAGGUUCAAUAAUUUAUACAAGCUCAGUAGCUGCUAGAACUCCAUUGAGUUGGGCAAGUGGAUAUUCAGCAACAAAGGCAGCAAUAGAUGCUUAUGCAUGUACAUUGCAUUCAGAAUUAGAACCAUUUGGAGUUAAAGUUCAUAGUGUGAUUACUGGUGGGGUAAAUACAAAUUUAACCGAUAUUCAAAACGUUGAAGAUACGUUGGCUGAAUUAAAAAGUUCAAGAUAUUUUGUUGACGGUUCCUUAGAUAGUUUCAUGGAAGCUAAAAACAUGUGUCAUAGUCAUGGUAUAAGUCCUGAUAAAUAUGCAAAACAAGUUGUUUCUAAAGUAAAUAAAAAAUCAAAAAAAUUUAAUUUAUAUGCUGGUUCUUCUGCUUAUUUAUUACAUUGGUUAUCUAGAUUUGCUCCAUUAUGGUUUUUAGAAUGGGUUUUACAAUGGAUUUUUAAACAAUUGAAACCAUUCAGAGCUAUAAGAAGACAAGUUAAGGAACAAGAUAAAUUAAAGAAACAAUAG